AACUAAGUUGCUGUGCGCUGAUGCUGCAGCAGGAGGAAGAACAACUGCAGCCUCCGAAGAUGAUCGAUGUAAUUUGUGCCUUUGAGAUUUAAAAAGAGAAAGACGUUCAGUGGUCUUCUAGUCUUCCUGAGGACACUUAUACGGUAUCUGUUUACGUCUGGAAGACUGAGAGCGAGCGGAGGGGCAUUUAGCCUGCUCCCAUUUUCUGCUUUCCUGGGCUGAAUUCGCGACCAGGACCGGACCGCUCCCCGUGGCUGCAGACCCUCCCUUCUCCUCUGCUACGCUGCGCUAAGUAUAAACGUCGCCUUCCUGGCAAGGGUUGCUGGCUGGAAGAGGCUGCGUGUGGAUUCUCGCCCGCCACCCGCCCAUAAUCCGCGCUGCGAAGAUGGGCGCCGCCUGGUCGAGCCUGUGGCGCCCGUUGGGGAAAGCACUUCCUGCUUCAAUCAACCAAGCUAACUUCCCUUUGUGCCUUUUGGAAGAUACAAUUUCAUCUGAUGGAAUCGUUUACACGGCAUUCCUUUUUGUCCCAAUUCCCCUUGGCUUUUUCUUCAAGAAAAAGGGAUUAAAGGUAAAAAAAUAUGGGGCAGCCGCUGCGGGACUUGCACUCAUGCUGGCUGCCUGUGGCAUCCACACCGUUCACUCCCUUGUCACCAUCCUGGGGACAUGGAUUAUCAUCAAAAUCUCACCAAGGUAUUCCCACCAUCUGACAUUAGGAUGGACCUUUUCCUACCUGCUCUUUUUCCACAAAUUUACCUCCUUCAAGUUUCCCCAGACAACUCAUUUGACCAAGUCUGUGCAACUUUUGUUCACGCUCAAGAUGGUGAGCUUAGCCAACGAGGUGCAAGAACUCAUUCAGGCGAAGAAACAGGAAGUGACAACAUUCACCAAGUCUCCAAUGAUUGGUGCAAUUCCCCAAAUGCCGGGAUUGGUGGAGAUGCUGUGCUACAGUUACUGCUAUGUGGGACUUAUGACAGGCCUAUUUUAUCGUUAUCGUACAUAUCACGAUUGGUUGAACCAGCCUGACCCUUCUGUUAUUCCUACGUGGAAGCCGCUGCUUUUCAGAUUGAUAAUGAUCCCUGUCUUUGCAACUUCUUUUUUGGUUAUUUCCCACAUCUUCCCCCCUGAUUAUGUCCAAAGUAAUGCCUUCUAUGAGAGGGGACUCGGUUUCCGCCUUUUCUACAUGAUGCCUGUUUCCUUUGUCUUCCGCAUGCGUAACUAUGUGACCUGGUAUGGUGCUGAAAGUGCCUGCAUUACUGCUGGCCUUGGUGCGUAUCCAACUAGUGCCAAUUCACAAUCAGGCAGAGGACCCACUGUGGAAUAUGAAUCUCUAAAUCUAUCAGCUGAUGGGAAAGCAUCCAGUGUUGCUUAUGAUUAUGAGACAAUCAGGAACAUUGAUCCGUAUGGUACAGAAUUUUGUGCCAAGGUGAAAGAUGGCAUUCACUGUUGGAACAUGACUGUCCAAUGGUGGUUGGCACAUUACACCUACAAAAAUGCACCUUUCCGCUCCUAUGGCAUGAGGACUGCCUGGACAAUGUUUAUCUCCGCCUACUGGCAUGGACUCCGCCCUGGGUAUCACCUCAGUUUCCUUACCAUCCCGCUCUGCCUAGCAGCUGAGGGGGCCAUGGAGACUGGCUUCUUGAGGCACCUCUCCCCGUCUGGCCGUGCCUGCGGUGACUGGAUACACUGGUUCCUGAAGAUGAGGGCUUACGACUACGUGUGUGUGGGCUUUCUCUUGCGUACCUUUGAGGGUACUAUUCGCUACUGGCACUCAGUGUAUUAUUGCGUCCAUGUGGGGGCAGCGAGUUUCUUUGUGGUUGGGAAAGUAUUGGGGUCCCGGAGGAAUCGGGGCUCCCUGAAGGGCAAAGGUGGAACUCCGGAGAACCCCCAGAGGCAGGAAUGAGAAGGCAGAGUCUGUUGUCUCAAGCACACCGGGUGGAACGCUCCCCUGGCACUUAGAGUGGCAAUAAUGAAGGGGAGGUUUUCUGUUUAAGUUCAAAAUGGCCUUAAAAAGACGUAAAAUGCCAUAUUUACAUCAUUACGAAGGAGGAUGGGGUCUUCCAAAUUUCAAAUCGUAUCUUAAAGCAUUUCAACUCAAACACAGCCUUUUUUAUAGAAAAAAGCUCGACCGUGCCUCACCUCUUAAUCACCUUUGGAAUUAUUAUUUUUUUACUGUUUUUGAAACGUUAGGAACCUUUAGAAUAGUAAAUUUUUAUUGCAUUCACUGGAUGGGUUUCCUUCUCCUUUGCAAAAGAAGCUUAACGUUUGAGUUUAAGGGUUUAGAAAAAUAGUUUGUUUUUUUUAAUAAACAGCAAAAGAAGGUUUGAAGUGGUGAUUUUGGAAAGUUAAAAACAGACUAAGGGUACAGAUGGUUUUGAAAGGAGAAUUUGUAAUUAAAUAUAAUAAUCCUUCCUGUGGGAAACGCUUUGACUCUUUUGGUUUGCUGGGAAGAUAACAUAAGAAGGAACUCUGAAUGUUGGUCACUAGAGGCAACCAGAAGAAACUAAAGAUUACUUAAAGGAGGAGAACGCUCAGAUUAGACCGGUUAAUACAAAACGGAACAAAAUUUUUUAACAGCAGAUGCUUUUAUGGCGAUUGGGACUCAUGGACUGAGAAAUUAAUUUCAAGAAUAUCUAACAUCACAGAGGGAUGGUGGGCAAACACUGUUACAGAAGAACAAGUUACACCGGAUAAAAUUGAAAUGGAUUUGAAUGUGGAUUUAAAUAUGACAAGCUAUAAGAAUGAUAUGCAAAAAUAUGACAUAUUGGAUAUACGAACGUAACUGAUCAGUGUCUUGAUAUUUGAAAAGGACGUAGAAGUAUUAAUUCAGAAGAGUGAUUAGGAUAAUUGUUUUUCACUGGAUUUACAAAAGAGAUCUGAUAAAGCUUUGAAGGAUUUGCUGAGAGGAGACGAAGAGAAGAUUAAAAAAAUCAAGCUUGACAUUAUUUUAAAGGAUUAAAACUUUUAUUGUCAUUAAAAACAGUGUUUUCCUCAGGCCUUGGGUAAGAGUGGGUGGCAAGAUUCUUAUAGGAUUAUGUAUAUUAGGCUAGAUUUUUUUUCUCUUCCGUACAUUAAUCCUUCUUUCUUUUUUGUUUUGAUUUCUGUACAGUUUUUAUUUCUGUAAGCCUCUCAGUCAUCAUAUAGUUGGGUGGACUUAUAUAUUUUAUAUGAAUAAAUCAAUUAGGAACCAUAUUAAACUGGUUAUAAUAGAUGCGAACUGAGACUUCCCUGAAAAAUGAGGGAUUUUAAAUUCAAGUUAAUAGACAAUUUAUAGAAUUUCAACUCAUGCAUAAUACUUAAUGGUACAAAAGGAUAUUCUUCAAAAAUUUAUACAUCUUUAUUGCAAUCAUUUGUUGGAGAUACAGUCUUCGAAAAAUAUAUGGGAAUUAGAUUUUAAAACAGCAAUAUCUCAAGAUAAAUGGAAAUGCAUAUGGAAAAACCCAUUCCUAGGUUUCUCCUGUAUAGCUUUUCAGGAAACACCUUGAAAGAUUUUUAAUUGUUACCAUCAUCUCACUGCUAAAAUUUCAUACAUAAUUAAAACAAGCACAUGAGGCUGUUUAUUUGGGCAUAAAGCAUUUCCAGAGAAUGCAUUAAUU